AUGAAUUGGUUAUCUAAAUUGAACCAUUCUCCCAGAGCAGAAAAUGCUGCACAAAAAAAAAAGAUAUCGGGAACGUCCGAGACUAUAUCAAAGUACGUGUACAACGAUAUACUUGGGGUUCAAACCGAGAUUAAAAGGUUGAACGAAAAGACUGGAGUCUUGACGUCAAAUGGGAUCUUCUCCAGACUUUAUACCUUAUUAGGAGAAGAGCAAGCAAGAGAAUAUGAGAGCUUGAGAAAAAAGUUUAGGUAUGAGAAAUCCAAGGCAUUUUACGAUGAACAACUCCAAUUAUACAAGCUGCAUUUACAAGAAUUGGUGCAUAUCUUGGAUAUGUUUCAAAACAGUCAUACUAGUAAUAUUUAUAAAGGAAACCAGUCCAAAAGGAAAAGUACGAGCCUUGAGGAAAAUCGUACUGGAAGUAGUUCAGCGUCCCUCCUAUCAAAAGAGGAAGUCGAUGAGAUCAUUAACAACGAAGCUCCAGAUCAGUUGAUUGAUCCCAUUUCGUUCAAUUUAUUUUCCGAUCCAGUGGUAACUCCUUCUGGAAUAACAUAUGAAAAGUCGCUUUUGCUCCAACAUAUGCAAGCAAAGGGUGGGUUCGAUCCACUUACUAGAGCUCCAAUCAAAGAAUCUCAGUUAUACUCAAAUUUGGUUGUGAAAGAGCUGGUUUUGGAAUAUAUGAGAAGCAAAGAAGAAGAGAUCACUAAAGCUAAAGCAUAA